AUGGAGUCACGACGAUCGCUCCUGGAACAUCAGAUCACUGCGCCGAGUCCAAUCCAGGCGCUGGCGCUGCCACACCUCGGCUCGGGGAAGCACGCAGUCCUGAUCUCCGAAACAGGCUCGGGCAAAACGUUGGCCUACUUGCUGCCUGCACUGCAGCGUGCGCGUGAAGCCGACGAGGACGGCGAUGGAACCAGCACAGGUCCCAGCUCUGUGAUGAUCCUGACGCCGACGAGGGAGCUGGCAAUCCAGACCUUGGCUGAGGCCGAGGAGCACUGCCAAGGCCGUUGA